AUGAAAAGGAAGGAAAAAAAGAAAAUUUUCAAUAUUCCAGAAUAAUUUGGCUAUUUGUUUUUUCCUUAGAAAAUUAUGCGUAAUGUUUGAUGUAAAAGAUGUGAUAGUCUAUUUGAAGUUAACCAGCUACGACGUACCACAAUCCAGAACCGCACAGCAUACAACGCGCUGGCAAGCUACAAAGACCUUGAUUGUGAUCUGCCUAACCUUAUCGAGCUCAAUAUGUUUCAUUGUUUCUACCGGAAGAAGCAGUGCCAAUGUUCACACGUUUACCCUUGGGCAUAUAAAAGGAGCUGCCGUGGGUUUGCUUCGCAAAAUAGGAUCCGAAUAGAUAAGAUCCAAACAUGUGGUCUCCCGUUGGAGUUUAUCUUCUAAUCGCGUUUGGCUUGAGCCGUGUUCGUGGACAGUGUGAUAGCACUUCACCGUACCGAACGUACGAUGGAAGAUGUAACAAUCUGCAAAAUCCUACAUGGGGAGCGGCCAACACUCCCUAUGGUCGUCUGCUACCGGCCGAUUACGGUGACGGUGUCUCUACACCACGCCGCUCAAAAACCGGUACCGACCUACCGAGUGCUCGAACCCUCUCGUUGACGUUGUUCAAUGAGCAAUUUAUGCUGGAUCCUCGUACCACACUUGUGAACAUGCAGUUUGGUCAAGUAGUGGCACAUGAUAUGGGACUCAGAGCAGGAGGUUCCGACUCGGUGCCCUGCUGUACAAACGGGCGCGUUGUAAGCAAUCCAAGUCGCCGAUGUUAUCCGAUUCCGCUGCCACCGAACGAUCCAAUCACGGCGGCUGGUGGAGGCCAGUGUCUAGAUCUGGUGCGCACUCGCAGUACUUUUGAUGUGAACGCAGCGGCCUGCAGUGUUAGCAACCCUGCUCAGCAGCUGAACGAUGCCACCUCCUUCCUAGAUCUGUCCCUUGUGUACGGUAACAGCGCCCAGCAGAAUGCUCAACUACGGGCCUUCGUCGGAGGCCGAAUGAAGGUGGAAAACCGUAACGGUACGGACUGGCCACCACGUCACCCACAAUCAGGUACUGCCUGUACGUUGCGCUUAUCCACCGACACUUGCUACCUAACGGGUGAUGAACGGAGCAACAUCACACCGGAACUGACGAUCCUGCAUAUUGCGUUCCUUCGCGAGCAUAAUCGAAUCGCGGGUCUGCUCGCUCGCCAGCGCACCCUGUGGAACGAUGAGAAACUGUUCCAGGAGGCCCGCCGCAUCAACAUCGCCCAGUAUCAGCACAUCAGCUACUACGAAUGGCUACCGUGGUUCCUCGGAAGGGAUAUAAUGGACCAGCGAGGCCUUCUCCAACGUACCCCCGACUACGUCAACGACUACAAUCCCAGCAUCAAUCCGACCACACUAAACUCACACUCGAACGGUGCCUUCCGAUAUUUCCAUUCGGCCAUCAUGGGUAGUUUAAGCUUAGCGCAGGAGUCACGAGCCGUCACUGGCUCUCUAAACAUCAACGAUCACAUGUUUAACCCGACGGUAUUGGAGCAGAACGAUGGCUACACGUUGCUGACCCGCGGUAUGGCCACCCAGCCGUCGGCGCGUACCGAUUUAAGCUUCGAUCCAGAAAUCCGACACUUCCUUUUCCGAUUCGGUAAACGUUUCGGGACGGAUCUGAAGGCGCUUGAUAUACAGCGCAGUCGUGAUCAUGGUAUUGCAGGAUACAACGCAUUCCGCCAGUACUGUGGACUAAGUCGAGCCACACGGUGGGAAGAUUUCGUCGAACUGCGUGGUCCUGCGGAUUAUCAACGGCUAGCCUCGUUGUACCGUACGGUUGAUGACGUGGAUCUAACGGUGUCCGAGUUCUUCGAGCGACACAUACCGGGCACGCAGGCCGGUCCGACUUAUCACUGUAUCCUGAUGGAACAAUUCCUCCGUACACGCCGUGGCGAUCGGUUCUUCUAUGAGAAUGGUAACACUGCCGGUGCCUUUACGGUUUACCAGUUGCGAGAGAUUCGUAAAGCCAGCAUGGCACGAAUCCUGUGCGACAACUCACCAGGUGUAACUCAGAUGCAACGUCAGGCCUUCCAACAAAUAACGGACAUCAAUCCACUGCAAUUGUGCAGCACCCUGCCGCAGCUCGAUGCUCGCUUCUGGUAACGGUCUUGUGCAAAACAGUGGAAGAGUGAAAGAGUUUUCUUUGAAUACAAUCUGCAACCACAGUACUAAAGGCAAAGAAU